AUGUUGAGAAAGAUUCGUUGUCGAAUACGAUCACAAAUACUAACUUAUAAUCAUAAUACAAUACCAUUAUCGAUAGCAUUAUCCAAACAGCAACUUGUUGCACAUUCUUUAAACGAAUCUCAAAAUUGUGCUGAAACAUUACCUUAUGAAUGCACAUCUUCAAUCAUUCAUGGAAAACAAUAUCCUAGUUUGAUCGCUAUUGAUAUUGGUAAUGCUGAACUACCACAAGAGCAAACAACAUUUACAUAUGUGAAACAGUCAAUGGAUUUUUGUUUUCCAAUAGAUAAAUCAGAAGUGAACAACAAAAUUCGUUCGAACCGGCGAUCACUAAUCAAAUUAGAUAGCAGCAAUAGUUGUGUGUCAAUUUGUUCACAUUGUGAUCAUCAUCAUAGAAAUCAAAUUUAUCGGUGUUUAUCUUUAUCUAUUCCAUCUAUUCGCAAACGAAAAAAUGAUUCGAUUAUAUUUGCUCAUCAACAUAGAUAUCCUAUUGAUCGUAUGAAUUACUUACUUUUCAAACAACGAUCACUAUCUGACUAUUCAUCUCAAAAUAUUAAUUCGAUUACAUAUGAUUCACCGUUAUUAACUGAUCAAACCAUCAAUCUAUCCAAAUCGAAUAGUGAUAUUUUCAUUCCGACUAAUAAAAAAGUUGACAAAACAUGGCGACUUAAAAUACAGGAUCAUUUAAAUAAAGAUGGUAGCCGUCAUUUUGUUAUGCAUAAAGGUAGUGAAGAAUCUGUACGUGAACGUCGUCAAAAAAAACGUACUAAGCGAUCUGAAGAAAAGAAACGUAAAAUAGAAGAAAAAGUAAAUAAAGCAAAUCAACGUUGGCAAAAAUAUUCCAAUAUUGAUUAUGAACUUGUCUUUUUCAUUUCACGAUAUUAUGAUCAAUUACCAUUAUGUUCAAAUUGUCGAAACUAUUUUACAACUCAUCAAACACAAUUUUUAGCCGAUGAUCCUCGUGCAUCACUUGACUAUGCAGCUGAAACUGUUUUACAUUCACCGAAUAAUAAAACAUUAACAUUGAAAAAAGCAGCUAAAGCAAGAUUAAUUAAAGAUUAUGAUAAACAAACAAAUAUUAUAUUUAAUCUUUGUGAUACAUGUUUAAUUAAAUGUGAAGAAAUUCGAAAUGAACUAAAACAAAUCAAUGAUGCUCAAAAACUAUCAAAUGAAUUAAAUCCACUCAGUCCUAGUAUGAUGACAAUGACAACAUCAGAUUUACAACAACAUAUCAUUGUACCACCUUCUUCUAAUAUUCUCAAUAUUGAUAAUCAUCCAUAUUCAUCUUCUACUCCUCCCUUUGUUUCACCUUCAACAUGGAAUACCAAUUUGAACUAUCAACAAAAAAUAACUUCUCCAUCACAUCAAAAUAUAAUCACUGACCUUAAUCAACUUUAUGUGAAUAAUAUUAUUCAAUAUCAUCAAAUAAAAUUACAACAACUCUAUCAACAAAGUCAAAAUAUUAUUAUUGCUCAACAACAUCAAGAAAAUUAUCCAUUAACAAUUGAUCAACAACAAUUACAUCAUGAUCUUCAAUUAUGUAUAAGACAAAUGCAAUAUCAUUGUCUAGAAAUAUUACAUCUUCAAUAUCCUGGUUCUUCACUUUCAUUUCCAUAUACGCCAUCGUACAAUUCAAAAUAUUUAUCCUAUCGAUCUCAACAGAUCGAUAAUGAAAGUAUUGAUUCGGAAAAUUCUUCUUCUAUUAGUGAGAAAAAUAAUGACAAACGAAGAAGUGUGACUAUUGAAGACGAAAGUGAUACUUCUACUUCUACUACUAUUACUAGUGAUGACAACAGAUGUUGUACAGAUGAGUAUGGUGGAAAUCAACAAUCGAUUGAUGAUCGACUUACAAUAGAAACAUAUCAUGGACUUGUUGAAUAUUAUAGUAAGUUAACAAAUUAA